CUGAAGGAGCUAGCUUCGCUGCUGAGCCCCACACGUAUAUGGCGCAGGAUGAGCCUCGGGGCUUCUGUUGAGUCCAGCUGAGAUAGCCGGUCUGCGUUGUUCCUCGGUGGCGACCUUAGUUAUGAGAUGAGCUGAUGGUUUAGUGGCUUAUCAUGGCCCAGCGGGCAUUGUGGCUCAUGAGCCACGAACCGGGAACUCCACGUUGUGGGACCGUGAGAUUCUCCAGUGUUAGGGCUAAACAGUGUGAUUUGGAAGGAAUCAUGCCAAAUGUUACCAUCGGCUUGAGUCUCCCUACCAAUGGAUCACCACUUCAAGAUAUUCUAGUUCAUCCCUGUGUGACAUCUCUUGACUCUGCCAUUCUGACAUCUAGUAGCAUUGAUUCAGUGGAUGAUUCUGCAUUUAGUGGGCCUUACAAAUUUCCAUUAACUCCUCCUUUAGAUUCAUUCAACUUAUGCUACUACACUUCCCAGGUCCCUGUCCCACCAAUUUUGGGUUUUUAUCAAAUGAAAGAGGAAGAAGUACAACUAAAAAUAACAGUUAGUUUGAAACUUCAUGAAAGUGUGAAAAAUAAUUUUGAAUUCUGUGAAGCUCAUAUACCUUUUUACAAUAGAGGUCCAAUUACACAUUUGGAAUACAAAGUUAGUUUUGGCCAGCUCGAAGUAUUUCGAGAGAAAAGCUUAUUGAUCUGGAAUAUUGGCCAGAAGUUCCCCAAAUCAAUGGAAAUUAGUCUUUCUGGAACUGUAACCUUUGGAGCCAAGAGCCAUGAGAAGCAGCCAUUUGACCCAAUUUGUAUUGGAGGUACAGCAUAUUUAAAGCUUCGUUUUAGGAUCUUAGAUUACACUCUCACUGGGUGUUAUGCGGAUCAGCAUUCAGUCCAAGUUUUUGCUUCAGGAAAACCAAAAAUAAGUGCGCACCGGAAAUUAAUUUCUUCUGAUUAUUACAUCUGGAAUUCUAAAGCCCCUGCUCCAGUAACAUAUGGAUCAUUAUUACUGUAAUUUUCUCAUGUUUAAAUGGGAUUUAUAUAAUGGUAACAUGGCUUAGAUAAAAUCAUAGUCUUAUUUUUAAUGUGGAUGCAUAUAACCUGUAAGUGAAAACUCAUUGAAUGAUUUAAUUAUAGAAAUACUCUUAUGUAAUGUUUUUAGUCUGAUAUAGUUUGAAAGAACAUUUUAAAGGCUAAUGUCUGUAAUGUUGUUACCCUUUGAUUUUAUGCCAGUACAAUUCAGAACAUAGAAAAGUAAUGAUUCGCUUUGAUUUAUUUUAGACUAGUCCUGGGUCACCCUGCCACACUUGUUCCUUCUUGCCCCUGUGGCAGACAUUGCUAAUCAAUCAUAGCCCUCUUCCUAUACUGAGCCUUCCUGGCAGCCACUCCCAAUGGAUUAUAGAUAAUGUGCAAGUUAAACAUUAUUUGCUAUUUCAAACCUAAGUACUAAGGUCUUAACACAACAUUUUGUUAUAGAAUACCAGAAACCACAUUAAAAAUAACUAUAAGUCUCUUGAAAAAACAGCCAAAGGAGACACAGGAAAAUUGUUUAAAUACUAACCUGUUCUUCUUAAUCAGAACUAUCCUUUUGACUAAUAAAGAAUCUGCAUAAUUGUGUUUAAA